AUGGUGAAAAAAGCCGCCCACGUCCUGGCUAUUUUCGUUGGGAAGCAUGGAUACGAUACUGGGAUACAGCGACUGCAGUAUAACCAAGAUGGUUUCGAUUCGCCGCAACUAGCGGCAAUACUCCAGCAGAACAACGUGGGACCGCCUAAGCUGUUUGUGAAGGAGAAGAAAGGCUUUGGAAAAGCGUUUGGGUCGUACAUGAAAGGUGCUUUCUCUUGGAAUGCAGAUUCAUGUGCAUUAGAGAACGUUGAUAGGAUUAAAUGCAUGGCGUGA